AUGUCCGCGCCCCAAGACGCCGGCUCGGCCUGCGCCGGGCCCCGCGCCCAGCCGCCCGUCGAGGGGGCCAGGGGCAAGCGGGCCAAGGCCAAGCAGAAGCGCUACCACCGCCACCCCAAGCCCCCCUACACCUACCUGGCCAUGAUCGCGCUCGUCAUCCAGGCCGCCCCCGAGCGCAAGCUCAAGCUCUCGCAGAUCAUCAAGGAGAUCAGCGCCCUCUUCCCCUUCUUCAAGGAGGGUUACCAGGGCUGGAAGGACUCAAUCCGGCACAACCUCUCCUCCAACGACUGCUUCCACAAGGUGCUGAAGGAUCCGGCCAAGCCCAAGGCCAAGGGGAACUUCUGGACUGUGGACGUGGACCGCAUCCCGCCAGAGGCCCUGAAGCUGCAGAACACGCCUGUUUCCCGCCAGGAGGCAAGGACUUUCGUGGUGGAUCUGGCCCCCUACGUGUACCAUGGCUGGCCUUUCAGCUGCUCCCAGGCUCCUCCUGAUGCCUCUGCCCCAGAGGGGGGCUCAGGCUUGGCGGGACAGGGGGCUCCACAGAACAGCCCCUUCAGCAUCGACUCCUUGCUCAGCGAUUUCCAGGACGUGGGCCUGUGCGGCAAGCCCAGGGUGGGGGCUCAAGCCCCACAAGCCCCGACGACCGGCGUGGAUUUCUGGAGCCCGGUCCCCAUCUUCCGCAUCUCUUCCGGCCCCCCUCUGCUGCCCUGGCGGGCCUCGUGCCCCCUGCCGGCCCUGCGCUCCUUCUCUUCCUCAAGCAGCCUCUCUUCCCCUGGCUCCUCCUCCCCACAGGAAAGAGGGGCAGGGAGGCAGCAUCCCAAGAAGGGGCAGAGCCCCCCUACUCUGGCCAAGCGCCCCAGGGUCCUCCAGGCCCCGGAGAGCAGCAGCUCUGAUUCGGGGGGUGACACGCCACCCCCGCCACGUCCCCCCACCCCGCACUGGGAGGAGCUGCCCACCUCCUACAGCAAGGGCGUGGCCCCAAAUGUGGUGGCCCCCUCGAGCCCCUUCUCAGCCUUCUCCACAGUCCCAGGCCUGCCCUUCUAUAGCUCUGGGCCUUCUGGAAGCCCCUUGUCCUGGGAGCUGACCCCAGGCCCUUCCUUGGGGCCUGGUCCCCCACCGAGGCUUUCUGUGGAGCUGGACCAAGCCAUGCCCCCCAACAAGACUGUCUUCGAUGUGUGGAUGACCCACCCGUUAGACAUUGUGUCGCCAGCCUUUGCCAGGGCAGGCCCUUGUGCCAGGAGGGCCGUGCUGACUCACUAUGACCCCUCCUGA